UUUAAUUGUUAAGAUUAUCUGUUAUAUUGGAACGGUUUUGGUCCAUAGACCCAUUUAUUUUAAUAGGACUUUCUAUCAAGGUUUGGUCUCAGCACUGGUAGACACACACUGACUGACACUAUCGCCUCUCUAGGAGCAAAUAUGAUGUUUGCAAGUAACGUGAGCUUUAUAUCCCCCCGUUUGUCAGGCAGGCACAUCGGAAUGAUCUACAGUAACAUGACUUCACUCCAAAGACAAUGCGCACGGGUUUGCUCAAAUAUUGGUUUGGGUUUCACCCUUUGUUGGCAUGAAUGUGAUGGGCGGAACUCUUCUAUCGCUACCGUCGUUUUGAGGGACACACGAUCAGCUAGACACCUGCCUGUGUUCCACUCAAAGCGUUCCGGGUACCGGAACUGGACAUAUUCAUAUAUUGUGCUGGUGGAUGAUUAAAUAUGCAGUGGUGUGUUUUUAAAGUCACAAUUUCAAGAGCGUCUGUCUAAGAAGCAGAUGUGAUCCUUCUGAGGCUGUGGACUGACUGACCCUGUCCUGGUUGAACUGCAGGCUUAGUGAGUGACAGCAGAGCAAGAUGUCAGACAGUGGGAACCAGUCAUGUCUGAUGGGAGCAGAGGACACAUUCUCCCUCCUGGUGUGCGUGUUUCAUGCCUGCGAGGAAUGGGCAGGCCUUGGGCAGAUGGAGGACUACCUGAGUGUUUUGGAGUACCUGCUGUGGGUCUUCACCCCUCUGGCCAUUGUCUUCAUUUUGCCAUUUCUCAUCGUCAUCCUCCUUUAUUUGUCUAUACUCUUUCUUCAUGUCUAUAAGAGGAAGAAUCAGCUGAGGGAAGCUUACUCUAACAACCUGUGGGAUGGAGCCAGGAAGACCCUGGCUACCCUGUGGGAUGGACAUGGAGCCAUAUGGCAUGGCUAUGAGAUCCAUGGGAUGGAAAAAAUCCCUGACAAAGGACCGGCACUGAUAGUGUACUAUCAUGGAGCCAUUCCUAUUGACUACUACUACUUCCUGGCCAAUGUUAUCAUUCAGAAGGGACGGACCUGCCACUCUAUAGCUGACUACUUCAUCUUCAAGGUCCCAGGUUUUAAGUUACUUUUGGAGGUGUUCAGUGUGUUCCAUGGUCCCCAGGAAGAGUGCGUGCGGGCUCUGAGGAAUGGUCACCUGUUGGGGAUUUCUCCAGGAGGAGUUAGAGAGGCUCUGUUCAGUGAUGAGACCUACCCUCUUCUCUGGGGCAAACGCAAAGGCUUUGCCCAGGUCGCCAUCGACGCUCAAGUACCAGUAAUUCCAAUGUUUACUCAAAAUGUGCGGGAAGGCUUCAGGUCUCUGGGAACACUCAGAUUUUUCCGCUGGCUGUAUGAGAGGUUUCGUCUCCCUGUAGCCCCUGUUUAUGGUGGAUUUCCAGUGAAGUUUCGGACCUUCCUUGGUGAUCCCAUCCCUUAUGACCCCAACAUAAAUGCAGCAGAGCUGGCAGAGAAAGUACAGCAGGCAGUCCAGUCUCUGAUAGACCAGCACCAGCAGAUCCCAGGGAGCAUCCUGAGAGCCUUGUUGGAGAGAUUCCACACCAAACACAAAGGCCAUUAACCUCAGCAGAAUAACAAGAGACAAACUGCCCAGUGGAUGUGACUAUGCAGAUAACUGCUUGCAAUGGUAGACUGUAACAGCAAACUGAGUUUUUACAUCUUCAGUUUCACUCGACAGUGAGGUAACUGUGGAACACACUCUGAUUCCUGGGAUCAGACUGCAGGGUCAGUCUAGAGUCUCAACAGGCAGCGUUGAACCAUCUCUUGGUCAUUUGUGAAGCUGUAGUUUAUGUUUAUGUCUUCACUUAUACUAUAUUGUAAGGUGCUUCUAUUAUUUUGUCCAUAGUUGCACCAAUUAUGUGUUGAUAUUUCUAAUAUAACUGACUUUUU